GGAGCGGCCCCUCCCCGGAGCCCCGGGCCGGGCCGGGCCGACGGCUGGCGGACCGGCCGCUGGCUCCUGUUGCAGCCUCCCGCGUCAGACUUUUCUUUGGAAAGUUGCGUUUAUUUUCUUCUCUUGUCUGGGCUUCACCGGAAAGGGGCAGGAUGAGUCACUGCGGCGCGCACAGUCCGGGACUUGGGGGAGCCGGGACGGGAGCCGACGGCCGCGGCGCCGCGGGGUGCUCAGGCCCGGGCCGGCUUUCUUGAGGAAGAGCCUGUCGUGGAGCCAGGACUCUGUUGUUCUGAAAGUGCUCAGAAAAUGCAGCUUGAGUCAGCAGAAUGAGUUUGAAGAUAAAAAUACAGCUGUGGAUGAAUGUACAGCUGUGGACAGACAGGCCCCAAUUUAGUGGGUGUGUGUUAGGGGGAGUUUUCCUAUGUAUUCAUGGAGUGUGUGGUGAACUUCCCCAUCCCUCCUGGCUCUCUGAAUAACGUUGAAGGAGGAGGACGAGUAGACAGUGAUCCCUGGUGGUCUCCUGAGCCCCUUCCAGGCCACUGGGUGGUGGAGGGAUAGUGGAGGCCUCCCUCAAGCUCUCCCCUUACCCAAACUGGAGCUCUCAGCCUGGGCAGGGCUGGUCUGAAGAUUCAAAGUAAAGUUAACUUGAAGACUUUAAGUACUAUCAUCUGGACGUCACAGCCUGAUAAGUCAACAUGGAUAAAAACCCAGACUGUCAGAAAGAUCGUUUCUUUUUUUAGACGAAGUUUCACUCUUGAUGCCCAGGCUGGAGUGCAAUGUCACGAUCUCAGCUCACUGCAGCCUCCGCCUCCUGGGUUCAAGUGAUUCUCCUCCCUCAGCCUCCCAAGUAGCUGGGAUUACAGGAACCCACCACCAUGCCUGGGUAAUUUUUGUAUUUUUAGUAGAUACAGGGUUUUACCAUGUUGGCCAGGCUUAUCUUGAACUCCUGACCUCAGGUGAUCCGCCCACCUCAGCCUCCCAAAGUGCUGGGAUUACAGGUGUGAGCCACCGCACCCAGCCAGAAAGACAGUUUCUAUAUUGGCUGCUUCACUAGGUGAGCUCCACCAGCUUGGCAAGUUACAUAACCUCAUCCAAGCCUCAGUAUCCCUGGCUGCAAAAUGGGAAUGAUAAUACUUACUGUAUAGCUUUGUUAAGUAGAUUAUAACAGACAUAAAAUUUAUAAACAUAUAAUUACGUGAUAUAUAGUCUAAAAAUUAUAGCUUUAUUAAAUAUUGUAUAUAGAAUACUAAACUGUGUGUCUGACACAUAAGUGCUCAAUAAAUGUUAGUACCAACUAUAUAUUGUAUCGAUCAUUUGGGACUGAAUGGACAGCAGUGCCUAGCCUGGGACUCUCCUCUUGGGCCUUGCUCUUAAAAAACAGAAAACAAAAAUCUGCUCUAGACCUUAUUUCUUUGGUAGCAAGGUCUCCUGGACUUUGGGGAGUCCGUUGAGAGAUUGAGCUUUGGCAAAAUGAUUUUAAUCUGAUUUCCUCUUGCACAAGUUAUUUAAACUGUUUCAACUUCCUCCUCUGUAAAAUGAGGAUAAUAGUACCUACCUCACAGUAUUUCCAGGAUUAAAUAAGCUGAUGUAGGUAAAGCUCUGAGCACAACAGCUGCUUGUAAAAAGAGCUUGAUAAAUGUCAGCUGCUGUUAUUUGGUGACAAUGGAGCCAAUCAUUGUGGUUUACACUUAGAAACCAGAGUUUCUUAGCAAGGGAAUCGGCCCAUAGAUAACUAUAUGUAAGCUACGAAGGACGCAUCUGCAGUUGAACUUGUGGUCCUGUGCAAAGAUCACAGCAGGACUGGAUGUCCGUGUCUCUCCUCUACUACUCUGCUACUGUGUGACUUCUAUUUAAUUAGUGCAGAAACCCCUGCCCAGCCUACCUUCCCAGAGUGUACCCCUCAGGCUGGAAAAGGGUACCAUGAACGUGAAUGUAUAUCCUGAGAAGUUAACAGCCUUCUAUGCAAACAGGUAUUUGUUGUUAUUUUUAGGAAAACUGUAUAGGGAGGGUGCCCUGAAGUUGGGAUUCUGCUCUGUCCUCCCUCCCCAACCCUUAGGAUCUUUUGCACUGUUCUUUGGUGUCCAGAAAAAAACCCAGCCUAGCUUUCUUUGAACAGUUAGUGGCCCUGUUUGCUGGGCAGCAGGGGUGGAGACUGGACCAGCUGGUACCAGGCCCAGUGUCUUGAACACUGAUGCCACUCGACUCCCAGCAAUAGAGCUGGAGUGUUGAGCUUUGUCCAGUGUAUUAAGUGUCCCUGCUUGGGCUGGGGAGGGGGGCAGCUGGUGACAGAGCCAUCACGGGAUGCUCCUGAUCCCUGGCCAGAACUUCCUGUUGAAUCCUUUUUUCUACUACAUGGUCUGUGUUUUCCCCUCCACGGGAAGAAAUCCACAGUUUUGCCACCAGCCCUGACUGACUUGUGGAAUCUCUUGCUUCUGAUGUUGGACAUGGGCCUGCUUCCCCUGUUGGCCUUGACUUCAUUGCCUGUAAAAUGGAGAUAAGAUUCACCUUGCAUGGUUAUGGUGAGGAUUAAGCGUGAUGUGCAUAUUCAGCCAAGCACCUGCACACGCCAGGUGUUCCAUAGAUGUUUGUUCCUUUCCCCUUCUUUGUUACUUCUGGAGAUCACUUUCUGGGGAGUGGGGACCAGCCAGCAAGAAGGGGUUUGGAGGCCACUUCCUGGUGCUGUAGUCCACAGUCCCCCAGUCACCAUAUCCAGGAUAGCAGGAUGCCCAGCCAGAGGGGAUACCCUCAGGAGCAGCCAGCCCACAACAGCAGUUCUUGUCUUUCCCCUGUGGUCGCUGUGUGCCCCCCUGCCCCCGGCCUCGCUAAUCUCAAGUGUACUUUGAGUUGGCAAAUAGUGUUCAAGCUAGGAGUGCCUGGCCCAUCCCUAGGGAUGUGGCAGUUUAGAUUCCCACUCCUGGCUCCUGUCCUUAGUGAGCGGAGCACCCAGCUAGCUUGAAUGUGGCCCUGCCUGGAUCCCAGGCACACUGGUAAAGUCACAUCCAAUGGGAAUCCUGAUUCAGCCUUACCCAUAGGCUUUCUCUUGGGUACCUACUCUUCUCAGGGCCUGUGCUUCCUGCUUUCCAGGAGCUGAAGCACUAGUGGGGAGGAUGGCAGUGGGGGAAGGACUGCAAAUCCAAGACCCCGAGGACCGUGGGCAGCCUCCAACCCUGGGGGCUGCCUGGUUAGAGCAGUUGAGAUUUAGCAGGGAGAGGGGAUACUUGACGGCUUGGUUUCCAGGGGGCUGUGGAGGAGGUGUGAGAUUGGAGCUGGGCAGGGCUCAGGUGGAGGGGACAGGCAGUCCAGGAAGGGGAAGUAACUGGAGCACGGUGACCACGUUGGAAGCAAAAACAAGCCUAGUGCUGAUGAAUUCCCUUAUUUGGGUGCCCAUGGAGGUAUGCUGAAUCAUCUAGGGACACGCAGAUAGCCAGCCCAGAUCUGAGAUCAAAACCCAGUCUCAUGAUUUUGAGUCCGGUAUUGUUUCCAGCACACCUCACUGGGGAGAGACCAAAAGGAGGGGUGGGAGUGAUUAGAAGUCCCAGGCUCCAAGGGCCUUGUUUUACAGACAUACACCCUUUUCUGCUGUUGGGGCUCAGAAAACAAUACCCCAAAGUGAAGGCCUCAGAGGCAAAGUUUCUGUCUGAUCUCCUGUCUCUUACCCCUUAUUCUCUUCUGAGGCAGGCCAAAGCGAAUCCCUCUUUUCCAGGGCAGGUCAUAGAAACUAGAACCCUUCUCCCCAAAGCCAGCCAUACAACCUAAAAAUAUUACUCUUUCUCCUGGCUUUCUAGGUAAGAACUGGUGAUCAAGAAAUGAUCUGACCUGCCUUGUUUGAUAGUAGGUCAUAAGGCCCUCAUUGCAGAGGGGUCCUACGCCAUUCCUGGGAGGAAGAAAUCUGGCAACGGAGAGGCCGAGAAGAAUCUGGACAGGCCUUGCCGGGCUUCACCCCUCAGUCUAUUAGCAUUAGCUCAUACCAUUUUUGUCUGGUCACAUUUCUGCAUCCUGUGUGUGCUUCCUCAAACCUAAGCAUAAAAAUGGAUACUUAGGCUGGGCGCGGUGGCUCACGCCUGUAAUCCCAGCACUUUGGGAGGCCGAGUUGGGUGGAUCAGCUGAGGUGAGGUGUUCAAGACCAGCCUGGCCAACACAGUGAAACCCCACCUCUACUAAAAAUACAAAAAUUAGCCUGGCGUGGUGACACACGCCUGUAGUCCCAGCUACUUGGGAGGUGGAGGCAGGACAAUUGCUUGAAUCCGGGAGGCAGAGGUUGCAAUGAGCUGAGAUCGUGCACUGCACACCAGCCUGGGCAACAGAAUGAGAGCUAGUCUCAAAAAGAAAAAAGAAAAGAUACUUCACCCUGGGUCUUUGGCUUUUCAUUUCUAAGGGCUCUUGUGUCAUAUAAAACUAUGAUCAAAUAAAUUUGUAUGCUUUUCUCUUUUUUUUUUUUUUUGAAACAGCAUCAAUUUUGAGAUGGCAUCUCGCUCUGUUGCCCAGGCUGGAGUGCAGUCACGCAAUCUCAGCUCACUGCAACCUCUGCCUCCCAGGUUCAAGUGAUUCACCUGCCUCAACCUCCUGAGUAGCUGGGAUUACAGGCACGUGCCACCACACCCAGCUAAUUUUUGUAUUUUUAGUAGAGAUGAGGUUUUACCAUGUUGCCCAGGCUGGUCUCAAACUCCUGACCUCAAGUCAUACGCCUCCCUCAGCCUCCCAAAGUGCUGGGAUUACAGGCGUGAGCCACUGUGCCCAGCCUGUUGUGCUUUUCUCUUCUUACCAUAUCUUUCGUUAUAGAAGUGUCAGUUCUGACCUUUAUGAUAGGGAGGAAAAAGGGAUCUCCCCCACCCCCACCCCCACCCCUAUAUUGCAUGGUACCUACCUGCUUAUCCUUCAAGGCUAAGCAACACGGCCAUUCCCUCUAGGAAGCCCUGGAAGAACUGCAUGUGCCCCCCACAUUGGGUCCCACCCCCUCACGUGGAUUUGUAUCUUCACACUUGUGCCACUGUGCCACCUCAUUGCACACCAAUUGCAUUUUAUCCCUUUUGCCAAAGGGAGCUGCGAUCAGUUGUUUCUGUGUCCCCAGCAUCUUCACAGCAGACUUAUACACAAUUGAGGCUCUGUGGUGUUGGGUGUGGGUAGGUGGGUUUCAGUGCUGUCUGACAUUCCCUUAGGGGAGGUUAGGUUGCAUGCACUGAGGUAUACUUCCAAGGGUCAGCAAGCUUGGGAUCUUUAAAUCAGAAAAUGAGUUUCUUUGGGAGCCUACCCUUUCCUUGCUCACCACUGAGUGACUGUUUUUGAGAACAUACUUGCAGAGUACUGAGUCUGACUUGGAGCCCUCUGUUUAUAAAUGGGACUGAUCACAGACUCUAGGACUCAGAUCUAAUAAAGCCUUACAGGCCACUGAGUUUGAAACCCUAGAGGUGUGGGACAUGGCAGAGUUGGAACCAGCACCGUGGUCUGACUCUUGGUCCAGGGCGCUGCCCAUCUGUAGGUUUGCAUAGAUCUUUAGUCUCCUGGCCUCUUUCCUGUAUACCUCACCUCCUAAGGGAGGCCAGGCUAAAGGGAAGACUAGGAUUGGCUGUACAUGGACAGGGAGAGCUGUCUAGCCUGGCUGACUGGCAGAGUUCAAGUUCAGUAGGAGGAAAGCCAUUUAGGCUUCUCUUUUCAGGGGCUGUACGAAAAGGCAGGAUGGGGGGAAGGAACUUCCGAGUGGCCUGGACACUGUGCCAAGCUCCCUCUUCCCCCUCCAUGUUCAUAUUCCCCUACCUUGGGCCAAGGAAUUUCUUGGUACUGCUGCCCUGCCUUGUAGGGAAGCAUUUAUUGUGGCCCAAGAAGAGGAUUCAGUUACUAAUUUCUGCCAGGAACAGAGUCCAACUCUGGGAAGGACUAGGGAAGAGGGCAGUUCUACCCCCAGAUGUCCUGGUUACUCGGCUUAGUUUCAGGUGACCGCUGACCCUUGGCACUGUGUUGGUACCUGAGAGUGUGUGGGCAGGUGAAGGAUGGGGUAAGUGCGGCUGGGGAGUCAUUCUCCACCUCAUUCCCCUUGACUCAUUGGUAGGAGGCCAUGAAAGUCCAAAUACAAAGUAGGGAUUUUAUAUUCCUAUUUCACAAGGGUGAACAUGAAUCCCUUCCUGAAUGUCAUGUAGCCUCGUCAGUGAGCCCUUAGGGGGUACCUGCCCGUGAAGAAGCAACUGCCGGGGGUAGGGGGUGCAUGUGAGAUCACCUGGUUGCACAGAUGUAAAGAACCUUCAGCAUUAUCCAGAUUAGCUCUCAUUUUACAGGUGUAGAAACUGAGUCCCAGAGAGGUGAGAUGGCCUGUCUAGGGUACACAGCUCUUAAAAAAAGUGGCUGAAACAGGACUGCUCUCUCCUGGCUCCCAGUUCAGAGCACCUUCCAGCAUUUUCAAAUGGUUUGAAUUUUCUGCUCAACCACUGUUUAUUUGUGCAACCUUGGGCAUGUUACGUUCUGAGACUGAGCUGUUCAUCUCGAAUAUGAAUAUUAAACACCUACCUUGGAUUUGGAGCAUAUGAAUUGUAUGACUUAUUAGAGAGAAGGUACAAUAUAUCAAGUACCUGGCACACGCUAGACGCCUCUGAGGCAGUUAGUAGGGGUCGGCCACUGUGUUCAUUUUCCCUGUGGAUGGAAAUCGUGCUGUCUCAUAACUACGGGAUCUUUGUCCCACCUUCUACCUCCCUUCUCAGCCUUCCUCCAGCAGGCAGGUCUGCUGCAGUGACCUCUCCUCACCUGUUGGGGCCAGCACCUGGGGAGGCAGUUGCAUUCUUGGCAUUCCUCUUGCUGCUAGGGGCUGAAAGAGGCGCUGGUGCGGUGGAGGAGGCACGUGGGUGAGCGGGGGAAUGGAAACCGAGAAGAAAGUGUAGUUGGUCUCCCCUAACCACAGCCACUCCUGUUUGGGAAUGCGAAAGCCCUUCCUCCACUGAGGAGGCGACCAAAGAAGUGGCCGCCAGGAACUUUCAUAUGCUGUAUCUCAAACACACUCCACAUCUAUGAAGUUGGUGGUAUUAAUCUAAGUUUCUGUGCCUGUAAAAUGGGUAUACUAAUUGUACCCCCCUCAUCGGAUGGUUGGAAGACCAAGACACAUGGCAGAGUGCCUAGAUCUGAGUGAUGAGACGUGUCCCCACUGAGGUGCCCCACAGCAGCAGGUGUUGAGCAUGGGCUGAGAAGCUGGACCGGCACCAAAGGGCUGGCGGAAAUGGGCGCCUGGCUGAUUCCUAGGCAGUUGGCGGCAGCAAGGAGGAGAGGCCGCAGCUUCUGGAGCAGAGCCGAGACGAAGCAGUUCUGGAGUGCCUGAACGGCCCCCUGAGCCCUACCCGCCUGGCCCACUAUGGUCCAGAGGCUGUGGGUGAGCCGCCUGCUGCGGCACCGGAAAGCCCAGCUCUUGCUGGUCAACCUGCUAACCUUUGGCCUGGAGGUGUGUUUGGCUGCAGGCAUCACCUAUGUGCCGCCUCUGCUGCUGGAAGUGGGGGUAGAGGAGAAGUUCAUGACCAUGGUGCUGGGCAUUGGUCCAGUGCUGGGCCUGGUCUGUGUCCCGCUCCUAGGCUCAGCCAGUGACCACUGGCGUGGACGCUAUGGCCGCCGCCGGCCCUUCAUCUGGGCACUGUCCUUGGGCAUCCUGCUGAGCCUCUUUCUCAUCCCAAGGGCUGGCUGGCUAGCAGGGCUGCUGUGCCCGGAUCCCAGGCCCCUGGAGCUGGCACUGCUCAUCCUGGGCGUGGGGCUGCUGGACUUCUGUGGCCAGGUGUGCUUCACUCCACUGGAGGCCCUGCUCUCUGACCUCUUCCGGGACCCGGACCACUGUCGCCAGGCCUACUCUGUCUAUGCCUUCAUGAUCAGUCUUGGGGGCUGCCUGGGCUACCUCCUGCCUGCCAUUGACUGGGACACCAGUGCCCUGGCCCCCUACCUGGGCACCCAGGAGGAGUGCCUCUUUGGCCUGCUCACCCUCAUCUUCCUCACCUGCGUAGCAGCCACACUGCUGGUGGCUGAGGAGGCAGCGCUGGGCCCCGCCGAGCCAGCAGAAGGGCUGUCAGCCCCCUCCUUGCCGCCCCACUGCUGUCCAUGCCGGGCCCGCUUGGCUUUCCGGAACCUGGGCGCCCUGCUUCCCCGGCUGCACCAGCUGUGCUGCCGCAUGCCCCGCACCCUGCGCCGGCUCUUCGUGGCUGAGCUGUGCAGCUGGAUGGCAUUCAUGACCUUCACGCUGUUUUACACGGAUUUCGUGGGCGAGGGGCUGUACCAGGGCGUGCCCAGAGCUGAGCCGGGCACUGAGGCCCGGAGACACUAUGAUGAAGGCGUUCGGAUGGGCAGCCUGGGGCUGUUCCUGCAGUGCGCCAUCUCCCUGGUCUUCUCUCUGGUCAUGGACCGGCUGGUGCAGCGAUUCGGCACUCGAGCAGUCUAUUUGGCCAGUGUGGCAGCUUUCCCUGUGGCUGCCGGUGCCACAUGCCUGUCCCACAGUGUGGCCGUGGUGACAGCUUCAGCCGCCCUCACCGGGUUCACCUUCUCAGCCCUGCAGAUCCUGCCCUACACACUGGCCUCCCUCUACCACCGGGAGAAGCAGGUGUUCCUGCCCAAAUACCGAGGGGACACUGGAGGCGCUAGCAGUGAGGACAGCCUGAUGACCAGCUUCCUGCCAGGCCCUAAGCCUGGAGCUCCCUUCCCUAAUGGACACGUGGGUGCUGGAGGCAGUGGCCUGCUCCCACCUCCACCCGCGCUCUGCGGGGCCUCUGCCUGUGAUGUCUCCGUACGUGUGGUGGUGGGUGAGCCCACCGAGGCCAGGGUGGUUCCGGGCCGGGGCAUCUGCCUGGACCUCGCCAUCCUGGAUAGUGCCUUCCUGCUGUCCCAGGUGGCCCCAUCCCUGUUUAUGGGCUCCAUCGUCCAGCUCAGCCAGUCUGUCACUGCCUAUAUGGUGUCUGCCGCAGGCCUGGGUCUGGUCGCCAUUUACUUUGCUACACAGGUAGUAUUUGACAAGAGUGACUUGGCCAAAUACUCAGUGUAGAAAACUUCCAGCACAUUGGGGUGGAGGGCCUGCCUCACUGGGUCCCAGCUCCCCCCUCCUGUUAGCCCCAUGGGGCUGCCGGGCUGGCCGCCAGUUUCUGUUGCUGCCAAAGUAAUGUGGCUCUCUGCUGCCACCCUGUGCUGCUGAGGUGCGUAGCUGCACAGCUGGGGGCUGGGGCGUCCCUCUCCUCUUUCCCCAGUCUCUAGGGCUGCCUGACUGGAGGCCUUCCAAGGGGGUUUCAGUCUGGACUUAUACAGGGAGGCCAGAAGGGCUCCAUGCACUGGAAUGCGGGGACUCUGCAGGUGGAUUACCCAGGCUCAGGGUUAACAGCUAGCCUCCUGGUUGAAACACACCUAGAGAAGGGUUUUUGGGAGCUGAAUAAACUCAGUCACCUGGUUUCCCACCUCUAAGCCCCUUAACCUGCAGCUUCAUUUAAUGUAGCUCUUGCAUGGGAGUUUCUAGGAUGAAACACUCCUCCAUGGGAUUUGAACAUAUGAAAGUUAUUUGUAGGGGAAGAGUCCUGAGGGGCAACACACAAGAACCAGGUCCCCUCAGCCCACAGCACUGUCUUUUUGCUGAUCCACCCCCCUCUUACCUUUUAUCAGGAUGUCGCCUGUUGGUCCUUCUGUUGCCAUCACAGGGACACAGGCAUUUAAAUAUUUAACUUAUUUAUUUAACAAAGUAGAAGGGAAUCCAUUGCUAGCUUUUCUGUGUUGGUGUCUAAUAUUUGGGUAGGGUGGGGGAUCCCCAACAAUCAGGUCCCCUGAGAUAGCUGGUCAUUGGGCUGAUCAUUGCCAGAAUCUUCUUCUCCUGGGGUCUGGCCCCCCAAAAUGCCUAACCCAGGACCUUGGAAAUUCUACUCAUCCCAAAUGAUAAUUCCAAAUGCUGUUACCCAAGGUUAGGGUGUUGAAGGAAGGUGGAGGGUGGGGCUUCAGGUCUCAACGGCUUCCCUAACCACCCCUCUUCUCUUGGCCCAGCCUGGUUCCCCCCACUUCCACUCCCCUCUACUCUCUCUAGGACUGGGCUGAUGAAGGCACUGCCCAAAAUUUCCCCUACCCCCAACUUUCCCCACCGGCUCCACAACCCUGUUUGGAGCUACUGCAGGACCAGAAGCACAAAGUGCGGUUUCCCAAGCCUUUGUCCAUCUCAGCCCCCAGAGUAUAUCUGUGCUUGGGGAAUCUCACACAGAAACUCAGGAGCACCCCCUGCCUGAGCUAAGGGAGGUCUUAUCUCUCAGGGGGGUUUAAGUGCCGUUUGCAAUAAUGUCGUCUUAUUUAUUUAGCAGGGUGAAUAUUUUAUACUGUAAGUGAGCAAUCAGAGUAUAAUGUUUAUGGUGACAAAAUUAAAGGCUUUCUUAUAUGUUUA